AUGAACUUUAAAAUAAUAAAAUCGAUUGAAACAGAAUUUGGCAUCAACAUUACAAGAUACAAAUCCGAAGUUACAGGAUUAACAGUAAUUCUCAUUGAAACCCAAGAAGCGUUAGUUAAUGGGAAUUUCCUAGUUGCUACAGAAGUGUUCCUUGGAAGUGAAUUAUAUCCCCACAAGGGAGUAUUAGAUAAUCUUGCUAAUCGAACGUUUUCUAAUGGGACAAAUGCAUGGACGGCACAAGAUAACACAACAUAUACAAUCCAAACGGCAGGAAGUCAGGGAUUUUUAAGUUUAUUACCUGUUUAUGUGGAUCAUAUUCUUUAUCCUACAUUAACUGAAAGUGGAUGCUAUACCGAAGUUCAUCAUAUUAAUGGAAAAGGGGAAAAUGCUGGUGGAACAGAAAAUUCCAAUGAAAAUCUCAUUGAAUUGAAAUAUCAACGAUUAAUGUAUCCGGAAGGUUGUGGAUAUCGUUAUGAAACUGGUGGUCUCAUGGAAAAACUAAGAACUCUCAGUGUAGAAACUAUCCGUCAAUAUCAUAAAGAUUAUUAUAGACCGGAAAAUUUAUGUCUAAUUAUUACUGGGAAUAUUUCACAUAGUGAACUAUUCAAAGCGCUUGAUCCAAUAGAUAAGAGGAUAUCUGAGAAAACGAAAGGUUCUUUACCAACUCAUAAAAGACCGUUUGUAGAUUCACCACCAAUUCCGCUACUUGAAAAGUCUAUUAGAGACCAAGUAGAAUUUCCUGAUGAAGAUGAAAAUUUUGGUCAAUUACUUAUUUCUUGGUUGGGUCCAUUAGUCGAUGAAUUCUUGGAAAUAGCUGCAUUAGAAGUUCUUCAUGAAUAUUUAUCGGAUUCAGCAGUUUCUGUACUACAAAAAGAAUUUGUAGAGACGGAAGAUCCAUUAUGUACAGAUAUUGAUAUAUCAAUUAGUCAUCAAACACGUACAGCCAUCAAAGCCACUUUUUAUAAUGUUCCUACUUCUGAAUUAGAUGAUUUGGCGGAUGAAGUAUUAGAAGUAUUUAAAAGAAUCGUUGAAAGUGAAGGAAUUGACAUGAAUCGUAUGAAAACCGUUUUACGAUUAGUGAAAUUAAGGACUUUGAAUAUGAUUGAAACAAAUCCACAUAGUUAUUUUAGUAAUAUUUGUAUCUUAGAUUAUGUGUAUGGCAAAGAAACAGGAGAAUAUUUAGAGAGAGUAGCAAAAGACUUAAAAUAUUACGAUCAAUUAUCCGAGUUUACUGAACAACAAUGGAUACAAUAUGUAAAUAAAUAUCAUUUAGACAAUCCAAACAUAACAAUCUUGGGCAAACCUUCUGCUAAACUUGCUGAAACAUUAGUAGAGCAAGAAAAAAAACGUACGGAAAAACAAAUCGAGAAUUUAGGACCCGACAAAUUAAAGGAAUUAGAAAAGCGCUUAGAGGAAGCCAAAAAAUUAAAUGACUUACCUAUACCUCCUGAUAUUAUUGAAAACUUUCCUGUGCCUAGUGUUGAUAGUAUUCCUUUUAUUAAUUCUGUCACCGGUCGUAAUAAGCCUGAAGGGAGAUUCGAUAAUCCUGUUCAAAAAUACCUUGAUCAAGAUUCGAAAAUAGACAUUCCUUAUUUUAUACAAUACGAUCAUAUUCCUUCCGCAUUUGUAACAGUAUCAUUAUAUAUCAACACUUCAAAUAUACCAGUUGAAUCACGUCCCUAUAUUAACUUAUACCUUGAAUCGUUUUACUCGCUUCCGCUUACUCUUCCUGAUGGGACCAAGUUAACAUUUGAACAAGUUGUAUCAGAAUUGAAUAAUGAUACCGUGGAUUAUCAAUCUUCUCUCGGAGUUGGACAAUCUUUUGAUCAAAUGAUUGUAUUUCAUAUUAAGGUUGAAUCUAAUAAUUAUGUUAAAGGUAUCCAAUGGUUACGUGAUUUACUAUGGAACACAGAAUUUACCGCUGAGAGAUUAAAGGUCAUAGCUACGAAAUGUCUUAAUGAGAUUCCAGAAGAAAAACGUGAUGGAAACAAAAUGUCAUCAGUAGUUUCAGAAUUGAUUAACUUUGAUUCCAAAUUAUCAAAUAAAUGUUCUCUUUCAUCUCUUUCUCAAGAGAGAUUUUUACCUAAUUUUAUUAAUGAAUUAGGCGAGGACUCUGAUCAAACUAUUCAAAGGUUUUAUCAACUUAGAGUAUUAUUGACCAAACCUGAGAAUUUGAGAAUUCAUGUUAUAGGAGAUAUUUUGAAGCUUCCUAAUCCAAAAAGUGUUUGGGCUGAACAUUUUAAGAUAAUUGAAACUUCUAAACCAUUAAUACCUGUACCUUUAUCUCAACAAUUUUUGACAGAAAAUGGAAGAAAUCCUGGGAAUCAGGGUUAUAUUGUUAAAUUACCAUCUAUUGAAAGUUCUUUUUCAACGCAUAUAACCAAAGGCCCGUUGAGUUUCGAUUCACCAGACCUUGUACCGUUACUAGUAUUAUGUGAAUUCUUGGAUAUUACGGAAGGUUUAUUAUGGAUUUCAGUUCGUGGUCAGGGUUUAGCUUAUGGUACUUGGUUUAAUGUUGAUAUUGAAAGUGGACAUGUCAGAUUUACUAUUUAUCGAUCUCCUGAUGCUUUUAAAGCUUUUGAACAAGUUAGAAAAGUUGUAUUUGAUUUGGCUGAGAGAACGAUUGAUUUUGAUAAAUCUAAAUUUGAUGGUGCUAAAAGUAGUGUUAUCUUUAAUCUCGUUAGAAAAGAGCGUAAUCUCUCUGCAGCGGCUACUGAGUCGUUCAUCGUGCGAGUAUUAAAAAAUAUGGACGCUAAUUAUAAUAAAAAUCUAAUAGCAAAAAUUCUGGCUAUUAAAAUUGAAGAUUUUUAUCCAAUAUUGGUGAAAUAUUUAUUAAAUCUAUUUAAACCUGAAACUUCCAACGUUGUUGUAGUUUCAACUCCUGUUAAAGUUGAGGAUAUUGGACAAGAAUUUAAUAAUCAUAAAUUUCACUUGAAAGUUAAAAAUUUAGAUUCUAUUAUUAAAAAUAUUUCUUGA